GGACCAAUCAUAAUGCCGAUCGCCUGUGUUUGACCUUGCCGUGCCUUCAGGUAGCUGCAUCACCUUUAUCGCUGGGCUACAACGGGCCGGGUAGGCCGCGUGAGCAGUGUAGUAUUUGAAAAAGGGACCAGGCCGACGGGGGGAAGAGAGGUUCGGGCGCCCGUCCUUCACCUAGCCGCCGGAGUCCGUUAUUUAUCAUCCAUUUACGAUCGAUACAUGAUCGACCCCUUUCCAGAGCACAGAAAGAUCCACGCCUCUUGGGUGCAGAGGCUAUCCUGUGCACAAUGAGCUCCAUCUCCAUCUCGGAAAUGGGGACGAGGGCACUCGCGCUUUGCACCAUUCGCAACGCCCCCCUAUCGGUCGUAGGCUUUGUGGCUCUUCGAUUCCUCUAUCAGAUCAUCCAUUACCGGUUCUUUCACCCGCUGAGACGCUACCCCGGUCCCUUCUGGGCCAGUGUCACCCGGCUUUGGCAGGCCUGGCACCUUUUCUGGGGCAGCGACCUCGAGGUACACUGGAAGGCAGUCCAGAAAUAUGGUCCGGUUGUUCGCGUCUCACCGACAAUGCUCCUGGUGGCAGAUAGCACGCUGCUUCCCACGGUGUAUCACCGUCGGGACACCAAGUCUCGGUUCUACUUGUCGGACUACUGGGAGAGUAAAGGUAGCGUCAUGAUACGGGACCCCGCCCAGCAUGCGGCCCAUCGCCGUCUGGUUGGGGCCACCUACUCGAUGUCGAAUAUCCAACGAAUGGAAAGCUUGCUGGAUAAGCAUAUCCUGCGAUGGUUCGACAAGAUAGACCGGACCUACGUCCAGCAGCAGAUGCCCGUCGACUUCGCGGAGUGGACGACUUUUCUCUCCUACGACACGCUCACCGAUGUGGGAUUUCGCAACCCGCAGGGAUUUAUUGAAGCCGGGUCCGAUGUCGGCGGGAUGAUCAAGGCGUUCCGCCUAGGGACGCUCGCGUUUACUACCGCCGGCCGUCUCUAUCCGUUUUUUGGAUGGCUCCCCCACACCUGGUUGAGGAGAUUCCUCGUGGUGCGGCCUGGCCAGAAACUGGGGUUCGGGGUGGUCAUGGAGCGGGCCAAGAAGAUCCUAGAUGAGCGGACGCAAGCCCUCGCAGAGGGGCGAGCGAUCAAACCCGAGAAAGGGGACGGCUCGUACGACUUUCUCCAGGCCUUCAUGGACACACGCACCCCCGAAGGCGAGCCCCUGAGUUCCGAGAACAUCCAGACCGAGAUCUUUGUGCUGCUGGGUGCGGGCGUCGACGGGUUCACUGCGAUGUGCUCGGCCUUGCUGGCCGAGGUUCUGUCGCGGCCCCCAAUAUUCACGCGCCUGAUGGAAGAGAUCAAAGGCGCGGUGGUCGCCGGCGAGCUUUCCCAGCCCGUACCCACCUACGCCGAGGUCGCCCGCAGUCUCCCCUUCUUUGUGGCUUGUGUUCGCGAGACUCUGCGAGUUCAUCCUGUCGGGUCGACAGCGCUCCCGCGCGUGGUCACUGCCGACGGUCCGGAGCUGUUCCUGGCGGGAUCCAGAGUGCCUCCGGGCACGGAAGUAGGUGCCAGCCCGUGGAUCUGUCACCGGGACCGCGCCAUCUAUGGCGCCGAUGCCGAGGUCUUCAACCCGGACCGGUGGCUGGGCGAUCCGGCGCAGGUCCGGCUGUAUGAGAAGCACAAUUUCGCCUGGGGCUACGGCUCCCGGGUGUGUCUCGGCAAACAUUUCGCGACAAUGUUGUUGUACAAAGCCCCCAUCGCGCUUUUCCUGACGUUUGAGGCGGCGCUGUGCCCGGAGACGUUGGAAACGCCCAAGCCCCAGGUCGGGUGCAGCGGUCCCAGUCUGCGCUGGAGGGAUGUCUGGGUCAACUUGAGGAAGCGCAAGCCUUGGGUCGCGCAGGAAGGGACAGAAACGCGCGUUGAUGGCAAGACAGCCGGGAAGGGGGCAUGA